AUGGUUUUCAUCAAGUAUCUCCUGCCUGCGCUGGCUGCCUCCCAGCUGGCUUUCGCCGAUGACAGCUGCAAAGACGUCAAGCUCGAGUCCUCGGGCGAUGCUGGCAAGCUGUCCAGCUGCUCCACUAUCAGCGGUGACCUCACGAUCAACGAGGCUUUCUCGGGUGACCUGAACCUGGAUGGUGUCAAGAAGAUCGAGGGUGGCCUCAUUGCCGACAAGGCUGACAACGUCACCUCCAUCACUGCUCCCUCCCUCACUUCGAUCGGCAAGACCUUCGAGCUGAACGGUCUGACCAAGGUCACUCUGCUCAAGUUCCCUGAGCUGACCUCGGUCGGCUCGAUCAAGUGGGAGGCUCUGCCCAAGCUGCAGUCCCUCUCUUUCGACAAGGGUGUCACUAAGGCCGGUGAUGUGCUCAUUACCAACACCGGUCUGAACAACCUGGACGGUAUCACCUUGAAGACCGUCCAGAAGUUCGAGAUCACCGACAACACCGACCUGCGCAAGAUCAACAUCAACAACAUGCAGAACGCCUCCAACGUUAUCAACUUCGCUGGUAACUACGACGGUCUUGAGAUCGACCUGCCCAACCUGGGCACCGGUACCAACAUUACCUGCCGUAACAUCAGCAGCAUCUCUGUGCCCUCGCUGGAGAAGCUCACCGGUCAGCUCGGCUUCUGGGGCACCAAGUUCCGCACUUUCUCGGCCCCCAACCUGACCCACACCGGUGACCUGGUCUUCAACGACAACUCGAAGCUCAGCAACAUCAGCAUGCCCCAGCUGAAGAAGGUCGACGGUGGUUUCACCAUUGCUCGUGACGACAAGCUGACCUCCGUCUCCCUGGGCAAGCUGGAGCGCAUCACUGGUGCUCUUGACUUCAGUGGUAGCUUUGACGAGGUCUCCCUCUCUGGCCUCAAGUCGGUCGACGGUGGCUUCAACCUGCAGAGCUCCCACGGCAAGUUCUCGUGCCAGAAGUUCGACGCGCUGAAGGAUGACCGCCAGAUCAAGGGCAAGUACACUUGCGAUGCUUCGGCCGACCACCCCACCACCUCCAGCGGCAAGUCGGGCACCAAUGGCGGCAGCGGCAGCAGCGGCAGUGACAACUCGUCCAACGCUGCGGUUGCCAACGGUGCCAACGUCCCCGUUGUUGGUAUUGCCGCGGUGUUCUACGCCCUGGCCCAGCUUCUGUAA